GAUAGCGAGACGGUCGGUGAAGGCUUCUCCUAGAUGGUAAUCACCGAGGGGACGAAGCCACACGUAGAACGGCGAGAGACACAGGUACGUACAAAAGGACGUGCAUAGCGUCUUCGAUGUACAGAGACCGAGGCGAUGCGGUAAGUGAGUCCCGGUCGCAGCGCGAAGGUUUGAACACCUUGGAACAAUCCCAUAUGGCGCCAGGUUUCUCCGCGGCCCAUGUGUCCACUCUCUGGACCGUACAAACUCUGUGUGAGUACCACGGAACCACAGGAAUGUCUGACGGCGUCCCCCGCGGGGUCUCCCGCCUGCCGGUGUGGCGCGCGAGAAUCCUGCACUUGCCGUGCCUGCCGUGCUGCCCGCCUCUAUCAGACGAAUUCUCGCAAUGGUCCGUCCGAGGCCCCGUCCCGAAGCGGGAUGGUUCGCCUACACACCUGUUAGUCGCCCUGCCCAAUCGCCGGUCCCGCUCCCUGGACACUCCCAACCAAGCAGUCCACCUCCCCGCCAGAACGCUGACGCGCCUUCCUGCUGCCCGACGCGGCCACGCCCGCCCGUUUCAGCUUGGCACGCCCAGCACACGCGAAUGGUACGAGAACGACGCCUUCGAGCACUCCGUCCUCCAGACGAGGCCCGCGCGGGCGACUCUGCCUGCCAUUCUGGGAUAUUUCGAAUUGGCCGCGAUCGCCAUAAUCGCGAGCGAUGAUAGUGAUAAUGGGGUGGCUGUAACGUUGAUUGGGCGGACGCUUGCAGCCUCGCUGCGCCGGCUGGGGGAAGCAACGUACAAUCGUCGACGGAUAGACGACGACGACGAAGGCGGCAGAAGACGAAAGGGUCGGAGCGUGCGGCUCGUCAUGGGUCAAAUUUAG